AUGAAGUUACUGCUGAUCCGCGAUGAAAGUUCCAAAAUUUUGGGGCAUCGCUGUCUCAAUUCACAAAUUUCACUUUAUCUUGGUUUAAUACAGCUUGCUAUUUGCAUUUGGGCUAUGACACAACAUUUAUUCUCACUUUUUCGUUAUAAUAAGAUACUUUUUUGUGAUUUCGUAAAUGGAACGGAACCGGUUUUGCUUGUUGGUGUGGAUAUCAUUAUUUUUGACAUCGGCUUAUUCCACUCAUUGUGGGGUAUUGAUAGCUGCGUGGCACAACAUUUGGAUGGCGGUUAUGGACGAUGCAUUUGGUGCAUAUGUCACAUUCUUGCUUUCGUUAUUUGCUUGCCAAUUGCAUUCGUACCAAGGCCAAGGCCUUACUCCUUAUGGCCUCUUCUUAUUCAACAAAGUGCCUAUGGUGUCGGUCUGCUGAUAUUAAGUUUAGCUGCUCUUCCAAGAGUACUACCGACAUUCACCGGUGAACAAGACAGUGCUUCACUUCUUUCCAUAUCAAUUUACGCUGCUGGGGCAUCAUUGAACUUUUUCUUGUUGUACAUUUAUUGGCAUUGGUACUGGCAUGUGGAAACGGUAUGGAAUACAGCGAGAAAGUUACGUCUGGACCAUAAUAAUUCAUCAGUGAUGAAUCAACGUUCACGUUCAGAUGAACCAUCUGUCACCAUUACGGAUGGUAUUCCUUCACAGCACGUUCAACUGCAAAACUCAUUUUACCAAAUUCAACGUGUUACCUCACGCAAACUCCUAACGAAAAUGUGUGAAGAACAAGUUACUACUGUUGUAUCCAAGAAUUUAUGUGAACCAAAGAAUUCUAUGAAGCACAAUAAUUAUGACUAUCAUUGCUUAUGUACAACGAAUAAGUGCCAGAAAUCAAAUGAUAAGUAUAAUGACAUAUACGUGAUGGAUUAUGAUGAGAAGGAAGGAUUGCUACAUGCUAUUAGCCAAAAUAGAACAAAGUAUUGUGAUAAGUUGAUAGUUCAACGUGACUUCUGCAACAAUGGUUACUUACAGUGUAAAAUGCAACCAAAACAGCCAGCACUUCUUACCGCUCGGAGAAAAACGAAAGGUCCUGGCUUACAACCUCUCCAUUUUAUUUCCCAUUAUUCACCUCCUACGAGUAUCGUAUGGCGUUCUUGUCGCCCCUCCGUUCAAAGUACUAAAUUUAUGCGAAAUUUCAAUGUUUCACAAGGUCCUUUGAUAGGUCAAUCCCCACAACAUACAACAUCGAGCAGCACCUUACUAACGAACUCAUCGUUUCGCUGA